AUGGAGCAGGACCAGGAUGAGGACGAAACAAGAAACGUCGCCCAAGUAUCGGCCAAAAAACAACAACAGUCACAUCCAACGGGAUCUACUGUGCUCCCAGAGCGGAUCGCCAGUGUGGUGAGUCUGUUGACCAGAUCAUCCUCGUUGUAUCUCCGGCUUGGCAGCUUUAUUGGUGGGCUCGCCCUCGACGGGGCGCGAGUAACAACAUUAACGAGUCUCGAGUUGAGCCGUGCUAUCAUCGAGGGUAUACUGAUACGCUCAGGCCGUGACGUUUCCUCCCGAAUAGCAGGAGAGCUGGGAAUAACAGAGGCUGAGGGGAUCUUGGAAGCGAGCAUCGCCACCCUCCACCGAACUAUUACGAGCAUCUCCUUUGCCGCCAGUACAGGAUUCCAGUUCAGUGCCGCUGCUUUGAACUCUGCGACCGAUCUCAGCCAGCAGCUACUUGCCAGCUUGGAUAGUAUACUGGGUAGCACCGAUUCAAGCCGAGCGAUUGCAAGUAUCGUUACUUUGAUAAGGAGGGAGUUUCAAAACCCUGCCACAGGGAGAGAAGGGGAGAAAGUCGGGGUGGCGGAUCUGCUGAUGGGAAUCUGUGGGCUGGUAUUGUUGCAGCGAUGGUGCAAGAUACUCACUGAUUUGGAGUACCGAGAGGGAAAACUUGAGGAGGUUGUUUGGGAUGUAGUAGUCCUGGAUAAUGGUCGGAGGGUGGAUGUUGUCGGGAGUACGGAAGGAAUGGUUAUUGGCAGAGCACUGGAAAGCCCGGCCUCUAUGUCUUUCACGAAUGCUACGGGAGACGAGGUCUUGCAGACGAUCGAGAGAGACGUCAUGGCUAUGGAUGGAUCUCAUGACGAUUCACAGGAGAUCGAUCUCAGGCAGAGAAUUAUGCGGUCCUUGCCAGCGGAUGCAUCUAUAUCCAUCACUACAUCGACUACAACGACUAAAAUUGUCACCGUUGAGAUCACAGGGACUGAAACCCUAGACUUCUCCCCCCCUCCUGGUGUUGAAGUUAUCGAGGAAAACGUACAUCUACCUAGCGAUGUCAUUCAUGAUACAGACUACCUUCCAAAUAGUGAAGCAAGUAGCAUGUCGGUUCCCAGGCAUCGAGUCGUAUACCGAAUCGUCCAGGAUAACCUUGGUGGAACCAGCAUUGAGCCCAAGGGGCUACUUGAAGAUAUAGAAACGGCCGUAGAUGACGAUGAGAUUAAUGUUAAAGGUACCUCAUUAGGCGAAGCCAUCAAGACGCGUGGGUCUCCGGUAUCGCGAUUAUCAUCACCAGGCGCUGAAGAACCCCCAGAACUGCCACUUAAGCCUUCCCCAAGUACCUUAAAUACAAAGCAUCGAAGCUCGUUAUACACCACAUCUCCAAGACAGGCGAAAGGAGCGCAUGCGUUGGCUACUCCAGGUACGAAUGGCGCGGAAAAUGUAGCAAACGAAAAACGAUCAAGAAAAGCCACGAGCUCCUCCUCAGCUAGCGGGUCCGAUAAUAAUCGACCCAAAAAGCUCGCAAGCACGAAGUUGCCGCUAUCUAAGAGAGCUAAGCAAGAAACACCGUCAAGCAAGUCUUCAGAAAAGAAAGGUUCAUUUCGAAACGCUCUCAAGAAAGGAUCAAAUACAACGCUUUCGCAACUAUGGAGCAAGGAUCCUCCUGCACUUGAUGGCGUUACACAGAUAAAAGUUACACAGAAACCUCCAUGGGGAGUAUCCACAGGAGCAUCCUCAGCGAAGCCACAAGUGCCAGUCCCGGCACGGAACUCCAGCAUUGUCCGCGCUCGCGAUGCUCCCGGUCAGCCUCAGCGAGGGAAUCCUAAUUACUUCUCAUCUCGAGACCUCGGCCAAACGCCAUUGGCAGAAACCCCGCAAAGUCCGUCCCGGAGAAGUUAUUAUUCUGUCCACGAACAACGAAGAGAUUCAGUGGUCUCUCAAACAGACACGUAUUCUAUUCAUUCAACCGAGGCUCGCCCUGAAUCGCCAAGUUUAUUCCGGACGCAUCUCAAAACCCAAGGCACCUUGCUGAGAGCGAGAUCCGAGAAAAACAUUGUGCAAUACCAGCUCUCAUCAGGAACGAACCAUCGACGGGCAAGGAGCCAUGUUCCGAGUAUAUACACACUCAAAACAAACGACUCUGCUACAUCCCUGAUACUGGCAUCGCGUCCACGACGUAGUGUCUUUGAGAGCCCCGAGGCACUAGCAACCAUGGGAAGAACUGGAUUUAUUGAUGGUCUCUUCCCAGCACGACAUAUCGUCCGGAAUAUCACUCGAUUUAUACGCUUUGCCUCGGCCUCAUACGGUGCAAGCUUCUUGAGAGUGGUAGGAAUUGCCGCUGCUAAUAUAUCUGCACCGAAAGAAAUUGAUCUUUCUCACCCCCAUGAGCACCAUUCAUUCUCAACCCAUACACAGCUUCCUGCAGACACCAUCCUUCUCUCUUCUUUCGUUGACCCUCAAGGAGGGACCGAUUCUACGGGAAACACCAACACCGGCGUGCCAAUGGUCCAUUUCGUGUCCCUUGAUCAUGACUCCAAAGCGGUGGUGCUCACCUGUCGAGGAACUCUCGGGUUUGAAGAUGUAUUAACAGACAUGACGUGCGACUACGAUACGCUGACUUGGCGAGGCCAUGAUUACUCUGUCCAUAAAGGCAUUCAUGCGUCCGCCCGGCGCCUCCUAGACGGUGCGGGUAGUCGCGUUAUGGCAACUAUUGCCGCGGCUCUUGAAGAAUUCCCGGAUUAUGGCCUUGUGAUGUGUGGGCACUCACUCGGCGGAGGCGUUACCGCUCUACUCGCAAUCAUGAUCUCCGAGCCAUCUCCAGACACCUCGCCGGCAUUCACAUUCAUCACCUCAUCUGAAAUUUCAUCACCUGCAACGCGUCUUCUGGCCACUAAAGCCGGGGAAGGCAGUGGACCUUCGACUUUCCGUCUCCCACCUGGACGGCCAAUCCAUGUAUAUGCAUAUGGUCCUCCGUCAACCUUAUCUCCUAGUCUCCGUCUUGCGACUCGAGGUCUAAUAACCACCAUUAUCAAUGGCCAAGACCUGGUACCUUACCUCUCACUUGGCGUGUUGCACGAUUUGCAGGCUGUAGCAUUAGCCUUCAAGACGGAUGACUCGGGUGCUAAAGGAGAAGUCCGAAAUCGUGUCUGGGCUGGCAUUACCGGUACAUUCAAAGAUAAGUGGUAUAGUGGUGACAGCGGAAGCACAUUCGCCCCUGGCACUGCUAUAGGCAGUGAGGAGGAUGAUCAGUGGGCUUAUAGUGCUUUGAAAGCGCUGAGAGCCUGUAUGCUUUCUCCAAAGCUAGUACCGCCUGGGGAGGUGUUUGUCGUGGAGAGUAGUCCCGUUUUGAAAAGGGAUGCUUUUGUUAAGACGAAUGAUGAGGCUGACGAUCCUCGACAAGGACGAGAUCUUAGAAGCGGUAGCGGAUUGGGUAGACCGGCAGUUAGAACUGUGGUAAAAUAUGUACGGGAUGUGGAGAAGCGGUUUGGUGAGGUGAAAUUUGGAGGAAGUAUGUUGUUAGAUCAUAGCCCGGCGCGGUAUGAGGCAAGUUUGAGCGCUUUAAGAAGGGGUGUUUUGGGAUAA